AUGGGUUCUCUCUCCUUCCUUCCUUCCUUCCUCCCUGCCUUCGGGUGUUGCUUCCCCUGUAAAUCCGAAACGACCGUCGCACACAGGAGGAAGGAAGGCAAGCAUCUCAAGUCAGUCACCGAGGAAGGCGUGACUGAUGAGCGUCGGCGAACGGGGCAGGCACGUUGUGCCAUCAUUGGCAGGGGCGGCUUCUUGAUUUACAAUGAUACGGCCAAGCACGGCUCUGCUCUUCUAUUUCAGAUGGGCGAGCAUGACCUCAGCUUGUGGGAUUUUAGCUGGCUCGAUCCCGUCCGCAUCACCAGCUACGAGGUUGAUUUACCGUUCAUCAGCUGACUCAGA